AUGCGCCCCGUUGAUUGUGGGCAGGAUAAGCUCAAGCUCAAGCUCAAGCUCAAGCUCAAGCUCAAGCUCAAGCUCAAGCUCAAGCUCAAGCUCAAGCUCAAGCUCAAGCUCAAGCUCAAGCUCAAGCUCAAGCUCAAGCUCAAGCUCAAGCUCAAGCUCAAGCUCAAGCUCAAGCUCAAGCUCAAGCUCAAGCUCAAGCUCAAGCUCAAGCUCAAGCUCAAGCUCAAGCUCAAGCUCAAGCUGAUGGCUCAAGGGACACCCUGGCAAUCUAUCACUUGA